UUUCUCAGAAAGAAUAGCAUGAGAGUGAAUGAUUUCUAUGAAAUUCACUAUAUGACGUCAUCUCUGCAUCAUUUGCGCGGGAAAUUGGAAUGAUAAAUGUAUGAUUUAUAAAUAAAGAUGGCGUACGGAGAAGCGACGACUAAAGGAAAUACAAUGCGUGAAUUUCAACGGUUAAGGAAACAUUCUAUUAGUUCAGAUGAUGAUCGUUUACACUGGACAAAGAGCUCUGAACUUGCUGAACUAGAGCGAGAAUAUCAUAGGUUAUUACUGAAGAAAAAAUCAUUAUCGAAUAAUGUACGAGAGACGAUGUUAGUUAAUCAACUGCAAUAUUUUGUACAACAACAGGCUGAAGGAGAAUACGUUCCACUUGGGGAUUUAACAAACGAAGAUAAUCUCUUUAAAGCUAUUGAGUUACUUAAGCAAAAAAAGUUAAUGGAAACAUAUAAUGUUUAUCGUUUAACGGGAAGUGCAUUUGUUUUAUUGGAAAACAAUUGUGUUCGUUUUUGUUUUGAUACGUUCUAUAAAGAUCAAUUUUUUGAGCCAUUCUAUAUUGAUCUUAAAAUUCAGGAUGAAAGAACUAAGAUACUAAAGCAUACCAUACCGUUUUUCAUUCCACUUGAGAAAAUCCAUAAAGACUUAGAUAAAUCAUCUGAUGUUAAAGAGUUAGUUGUAACUAUCAAUGUAUACCUAAAGGCCUACAUAUCACGUCGACAACAGUGUGAACAAGUUAAAAAAGAAAAUGAACAUUAUUCUGUGGAGAACCUCUUUGCAACGCUUGCAUUUGAUUUUGUUAAGUUUAAAUUAAAGUUUUCCAAUGACGAAAAUUUGCAUUUUGUGAUUACACUGCAAUAUGGUGAUCUCAAGAGAAUCUACCAUCAAAAGUGAAUUUUAAGAAAAAUGGCAAUCUUGACAGUGUUAUUGUGACUGAUGAACUGUAUACAAAUUUAAUGUCCAUUGAGAUGCAAGAUGCUAUAGUUACAUCCAUAAAAUAAAUACACUGCACUCUUCUUUUGACAUCAAGUAUUCUCACAUUUUCCCAAAAAACAAGUGAAGAAUAAAGUUGGUUGUAAUCUUA